AUGAGCGAAGGUAACAUGGACCUCGACGAAUCCCUGGAGUCUUUGGUCGAUGGUUCUUUCUCAUCUACUCUCUCGAAACUCUCAUCGUCGUCUCGUGUGAUUCCGGCGAGUAGAGAUUUCCAUUUUUACUACAACUUCGACGAGUUUAAGCGACCCAUUGAUGAGAUUUCUCGAAGCUCGCAGUCUAUUCUCGAAACGGUCGGUGACUCCUCGCAGGUUUGGGGCAAAUCGAUGAUGUUCCCAGGGAACGUCGAUGAGGAUGAUGCUGAUGAUUGGCUUUGUAACGUCAACGAUGAAUUUCUUGAGAGAUUCGAUGUUUCGUUGGAUGAGUUUCAGAGUUUUCGGAAGAAAGAAGAGGAAAUUGGUCGGUCUUUGUCUAAUUGUGAGGAGGAUGGGUUUCAAUUGGUCUAUGGGAAGAAGAAGAAACCAUUCGGUAAUGGAAUUGGUGGCUCAGCAGUAACUGGUGGGGGUUCGAUGAUUGAUGUUAAGGUGGCAGAGAGGGAUAAGAAUUUAUCUGGUAAGGCCAAAGUUCCUUUCCAUGUACCGACCAUAAAGAAGCCUCAAGAGGAGUACAACAUAUUGGUUAAUAACGCUAAUCUACCGUUUGAGCAUGUUUGGUUGGAGAGGAGCGAGGACGGUCAGCGGUUUAUGCAUCCACUGGAGAAACUUUCAGCGAUUGACUUCGUAACUGAUAAUGUAAGCGGGAUGGAACCUGUGAAGCCCCUCCCAUUGGAAGAGACUCCAUUCAAGUUUGUUCAAGAAGUGAAGGAUCUGAAAGAGAUGGUCGCUAAAUUGCGUAGUGUUGAAGAGUUUGCGGUUGAUAUGGAGCAUAAUCAGUAUCGAUCUUUUCAAGGAUUGACAUGCUUGAUGCAAAUUUCCACCAGAACAGAGGACUAUAUAAUUGAUACAUUCAAGCUGCGGGUUCAAAUAGGUCCUUACCUGAGGGAGAUUUUCAAAGACCCUAAAAAGAAAAAGGUAAUGCAUGGAGCAGAUCGAGAUAUUGUUUGGCUUCAACGGGACUUCGGCAUCUAUGUCUGCAAUCUCUUUGACACAGGACAGGCCUCAAGGGUGCUGAAGUUGGAGAGAAAUAGCCUGGAGUUUCUUUUGCAACAUUUUUGUGGAGUCACUGCAAAUAAAGAGUACCAAAAUGCAGACUGGAGAAUUCGUCCCCUUCCAGAGGAAAUGACAAGAUAUGCAAGAGAAGAUACCCACUAUCUUUUGUACAUAUAUGAUGUAAUGAGACUAGAACUGCAAAAUAUGGCAAAGGAUGACGAGGAUUCUGACUCUUCACUGAUUGAGGUCUACAAGCGCAGUUACGAUGUGUGCACACAACUAUAUGAGAAAGAGCUUUUGACCGAGAAUUCUUACCUUCACGUGUAUGGGCUUCAGGCAGCAGGCUUCAGUGCAGCUCAACUCGCCAUUGUUGCGGGGCUUUGUGAAUGGCGGGAUUUCAUUGCACGUGCAGAGGACGAGAGCACUGGUUAUGUAUUGCCAAACAAAGUUCUUCUUGAAAUAGCCAAAGAGAAGCCUGUUAGUGUUAGCAAAUUGCGUCGGAUGUUGAAGUCAAAGCAUCCUUACAUUGAGCGUAAUGUUGAUUCAGUGGUCAGUGUCAUCAGGCAAUCGAUGCAAAACUAUGCAGCAUUUGAGUCUGCUGCUCAAUCUUUAAAAGAUUGGUCUCUUGGAACAGUUAUGGAUAAGAAUAUUGAACCUAUUAUUGAGAGGAAAGAUGUGUAUCUUCACUCAGAAGACGCUGCGUCUCCUAGUUUGAAGGAAAAUACUUUGCAAGUUGAGACUAAUAACAGGGGCCCCAUCACAGGCCCAGCAAAUUCUAAUGAAGGGAGAGGUUUCGGCACAGGGUUGUUUGGCUCAACUAAGGUUUCUGCGGCUGUUGUUAUCUCCAAGAAACCAAGCAGUGGUUUAGGAGCAUUACUCGGAAAUGCAGCCUCAAAGAAGAAAAUUCGAACUGAUAAGGUGAAUGAAGAGGAUAAGCUCGAACAGAUAAGAUCCUCCGUAAACCUGCCGUUCCGUUCUUUUACAGACAAAGGUUUCGAGUCAAAGUCAUCUACUGAAACGGUUCAUGUAAAGCCUGAAACAGUCUCUACGACUAUGGCAGCCUCGGUUUCCAAGCAAGUCGGUGUGGCAGAAUUGAAAGAUGAUUCAGAAGAUGAAGCCUCGGAAAUCGUUGGUACUUCUGGUAGAGUUUCAGAGUCCAAAGUAUCUGGUUUCGAGGCAGAUGAUGUUAUACUAUUAGACAAUAGUGGUGCGAAGGAAGAUGAAGCUGAACCAAUGUCUCUCUCGGAGUUGUCCACAAACUUUCAGAAGUGCUUUAAUUCCAUGAACAAGAGCAACAGCAAGGCCCAAAAGCCAGAGUUUAUUAACAUAGAACCGUUUGAUUAUGAAGCUGCAAGGAAAGAGGUGAAAUUUGGGGAAGGACAGAGGGGAAGACAAGGAGGUAAGAAAGAAGCUAAGUCAACAGGAGGAGGUCAGAAGAAGGGAGCUGGUCCGGAGCAGUCAGAGUUUGGGCAAGGCAAACGCCGUCAAGCCUUUCCAGCAUCCGGGAACCGAAGUGCGACCUUCAAGAGCUAG